AUGAAGGAAGAGGAUGGACCAGAUGAGGACGAAUUUGCAUCGGCUGGGAGCAUCUGGCGAAUUGAGGAGCCUAAGAGUCUGGCAAAUAAGACAUGGGUGCAGAAAACUCUCUUUGCCAUUCGUUUCAAAGGACGAAUCAUCUGCAAAGCAGAAUCCUGUGGUAUGUCACUUCUUGUCUCUCAUUCUCCUUCCUUAGUCGAACCAAAUUCACCCGCGUAA